GGUGCAUCGCGUCGAAUAAAAGGCUUAAGUUCUAUGACGAACGAAAGAACGCGCAAAGUGCUAUCGGUCUGACUUCCGUGGGCAAUACAGAGAGCGAGACCGUCAACCGAUUGUCGUGAGACUGUGUGUUAGAGGUCCAACAUGGGCCGCGGAUGAGUGCUAUCAACCGUGACCGAUUUAUGCCGGAACGAUCGGCGUUAAAGUGUCGCGCGUUGUAGUUAUGAGGGUGAAGCGUUCUCGAUCAUAUUGCAAGCGCUUCGGCGAAUUGUCGGUACGCGCGAGUGGAGGCUCUCGAAUGGCGCCCACGCAGGACCUAGACCGGAGAGUGCGAUGCUAAUAAGUAGUAAUAAUAAUAGUAGUUGUAGUAGUAGUAGUAGUAGUAGUAAUAGUAGUAGUAAUAAUAGUAAUAGUAAUAGAAGUCCAGCUGACUCUGACAAAAUGGUAGGGCCCUCUCUGUCGGCGGGAGGUUAUAGAUUCGUACGUGCUACAUAAUCCGGUACCGUCGCGGUUAGGGUACGAUGAGUACUGAUAAUCAUGAUCAGUCCAAGCCCAAACCACCACCACCAUCAUCGCUACCAUCAUCAUCAUCAUCGUCAACAUCAUCUUCAUCAUCUACAUUAUCAUCCUCAUCAUCGUCAUCAUCAUCAUCAGCAGCAGCAGCAGCAACAACAGCAACAUUACCACCACCACCGCCGCCACCACCGUUACCACCUCCACCUGCGAUACCGCCAUCGCCAUCACCACUAUCAUCGUCUUCUACGCGGAACAACGUACCCAUCGACGAAUACGCUUUCGACGGCACGCGCAUCAAGAAAGAACAAAGUGACACUUGUAUCGAGAACGGCGACGGCACCGGUGCCAGCAACGUCAGUGGAGCAAACAGUGGUGGUGGCGGUGGUACUGGUACUGGUCUUGGUGCUGGUGCUGGAGGAAACGUUGCUGCUAUCACAAAAGCCGGUAUCAACGACAACAAGAGAGGACCGGGGGGUACCCCCGCUGCUCCAACUGCUGGUAGACUCUCCAACGGGUUCCACGAAAGCGACCUACUUCAGGACAUCAUCGCGGCCAAGUUCACGACCCUGGCGAAUCACGGUUCCACCGGCAAAAACGACAAGAUUCGUCUGAUGAUCGAGGACAGCGUCAGCGAAGAAUCAAAAUCACGAGUUCAGGAAAUAUUUUCCCAAGUCGAGCAACUUAAAAUAGAAGAAAAAUUGUUGCUGUACCUGAAGCUUCCAUUGUCGUUGAACAAUACAGGAGGAACCGUUGAUCCAUUGAGGCAGCCAUUAAAUCCAUUAGGAAAUCGUUAUGAAAUUCAUCAGACUAUUAUGUGGAUUAAAACACAUUUGGAAGAGGAUCCCGAAGUUUCUUUACCGAAACAAGAGGUCUACGAAGAAUAUAACAUGUACUGUAUAAGGAAUUCUAUGAAACCACUAUCAACUGCAGAUUUUGGAAAAGUUAUGAAACAAGUCUAUCCACGGGUACGUCCUCGAAGACUAGGCACACGAGGCAAUUCUCGCUAUUGUUAUGCAGGAAUGCGCAAGAGAGUUAAAUUGGAAGCUCCAACGUUGCCUAACAUAUCUGGAACACAAACUGAGGAUGGUACGGAAGAAAAUAUUACAGAAGAAAUGCUAGGUGCUGCUUCAACGUUAAUUAGGGAAUGGGCAGAAAAUCUGUUAGGUUUUAAAUUUCCAACUUUGAGUGCCUUAGCACGUCAUCUUGUGGAUAAUGUUUGUGUCGAUGUACGAUCGUUAGCUGCCAUAUGCAUUUUAUCUGCUUCCAGGAAACCAGAUACUUCAUCCAACGAAGAGUCAACGACUGAUUUGUCAGUUACAUCGAUAUCUGGAAAAUCAGGAAAAUUAAGAGAAGCGCAGAUACAAUUACAACGUAAGCUACAACAACGAGAGCAUAUAAAAGCUCAAAAGCAUAGGCACAUUGACAAUGUUACACUGAAUCAGAGUAAAGAAAAGAUAGUUGAUAAUAAAGCAGGAGUGAAUAAGGGAAGUAAAAAAGUUAAGACCAAUCAGUCGCCUCAGGGUACAAAUACGCCAGCUGGACAAUAUGUGUUAAACAAACAUAAUCUACCUGCCACUGUUACAGUUCGGCAGAAAAAGGUUCUUAAAGCUAGCAGUCAAGCUUGCAACAACGUUUCUCCGGAAUCCAACUGUGAUAAUAUAGUGGUACAAUCGAUCGAAGAUGUUCAGAAUAAUAGCAGCACUAGAGUAGUAACGACCAAUUGCGUUAAUUCAAAGCGAGACGUUAAACCUAAAAAUUCCAGAAAGCGUGCCAAUCUCAAUGUACCAAAUCAACCAUCGGAAUCCAGUCCUGAGAAGCAAACUAAACUUGCAGAACAGCAGGUACAUGAAAAUGUAGAGCAUUCCAGUAUGUUGUUACCUAGGCUCUCAUCUGUACAACGUGCGGGAAAAAUAUCAGUGAUAUUAGCUAGUAACCUGAAGCCUACCAAGUGUAAAGCCACAGAGGCUGUUAGUAAUCAGCCUGCCAAAAACUGUGAUAUUGAAUUGCCAAUAUGUUCCAAAAAUUCCAUCAAAAUAAAUGGUUGUCCCAGUAAUUUUGAUUCCAAUGGAAAUGGAACUGAAACAUCGACUCUAUUAACCAAGGAUCAACUAAGAUUGUUGCAAGAAAAUUCAAACCUCAUAAGUAAGAAUGAUAAGCUAUGUUCCCUCGAUGCGGAUGCUUUGGAUGAUUAUUUAAACGGGGGUAAUAAUUCUCAAGAACAAGAAGAGGAAUUGUUGCAGUAUUUUCAACAGAAUAGUUCGUCUAGUUCAGAUGUAGAGGCAAAUGCCAUUACCGGGGACACAGAACAAAUCUCAAGAUCCGACAAAGUGUCCCAGCUAAGAUUAAUAUUAGAACAAAAUUUAAAGGCUGGUACCGAGCACCCACCUAUCGACAUAGUAUCCGCUACUAUUGUCAGGCAGAAUACAGUUAGUGAAAAACAGGAGGUUACUCAAACGCAUAAUUUGAUACUUCCAACAUUGUUAAAUCAUUCGAAUCAGACUAAUACCAGACGCAGGGUUAGUUUUGAAACGAAUGUCGUCGAACAUGUACAAGAUUCCAAUGUUGUUGCGAACACCGUACCUCAAAGCCCAAAUACGCGUCGUAGGAUAUUUAAUUUCACACCUAUAUCACCUGGCCCACAUUCGCCUAUCAAUGGUCGUGCUUCCAAAUCUAAUUCCGCAAACGCGAGUCCCUUCGUAUCACCAAGAAAUACACCAGUGCCUCGAUCACGGAGUAAUCUACAGGGUGGCAGUUUUAGAUCACGAGCAAGUCAGAAAUCUUUGUCGCGUUCCAUAUCGUGCAGCAUGCCAUAUAGUGGAAAGAACGAUACGUUUGUAGUACCUACCAGUGGUCCUGAAUUAGUACGGCAGGUGUCUAUGCCACAAUCACCUCUUACUUGUACAAAGUCAUCUGAAGUACAGGUUGGUGGUAGCACGACACAUAUUGCUAUAACAUCCAAACAAGAAAAUCAAGGAUCACAAUGCCCUCCAUUUUUAGCAUCCGAUUUGGCACCGCAAAAACAAUUGCUUAUUAAUUAUCCAAGCCAAGAAAAUUUACAAGAGAUUAAGAAUGUCUAUCAAAGAUCGCAACCAACAGAUCAGGAGAUCAGUGAAUUAUUGCUUGGCAAUAAACAGUUUACCACUGAACAGCUUUUUUAUAGAUCGCAAUCUGUUCCUUUACAUCGUAUGGUAAAUCCUGCGUUAAUGUCUCCUAUCUCAACGCAACAGUGUCUCUCAAGUUUUCAAAGUCAUAGUUUUAAUCCAUCUACAAGCAGUUCAAUAGCUCCUACUCCUGUACCUAGUGAAUUCAAUGACUUUGGUUCUAUAGGUCAAUCAGAAGGGACUUCUUAUUUAUUAAAUGACGUCGAUCCUAACUUUAUAUCGGACGAUCAACAAUUUUUAAUGAAUGACAAAGAGAUUUCAACGGAAAAUAUAACUAAUAUUCUUAAUAUCCUGAGCGAAGAGGGAUCACAAAGUUUACAGAUUUUACCUGAACAGUCUGGUGAAGAAGAUUUGAUAGAUAAUAAUGGGAUAGUUUUAGAUACUUUACCUAAUUCAAAUAUCAAUUUGUCUGAAGAGGACAUGUUAGACUCUUCUAAUGUUCUUGAUAGUUCGGUGAAUGGAGCAUUGCAGAAGAUCAUACAAUCUCGUUCUUAUCCAAAUACACCUCUUCCUGCACCGGUAUCAACAUAUACACCAUCUUACGCAGAAGAUAGUAAUGGUUCAAGAUCGUAUCCCUCAACACCUUUGCAUACAGUUCAAUCUCAGGAAGUUUAUCAAGAGUCUAAUGAACCAAUGCUCUCAAGUCCUACGUUAAAUUCUUUGAAUUUACACGGAGACACAACGAGUAUUGCAACGUCGGAUAAUGGUUGUAGGAAUGUCGCAGAUUUACUUGGAACCACCUUCCUAGAAGAGCACGACGGAGAAACAGACGAUUUGGAUCCUCUUAGCAAUUUUGAUGGAUUGCAAGAUGUUGAUCCAUUGACUCCUUUGUUCAAUGAAGUGACAGAGCCUAAUCGUUGAAAAAGGUCUAUUUUGACACGAGGUAACUCAGAUAUUAUUGCAUUCUUUAUAGAAAUUUAUUAAAUAUUUUUUUAUUUAGUAGUUCGCAUGUUUUUCAUCAAUUAUAUAUAUCAUAUAUAGUACUUUGUAGAAUAAUAAAUACACUGGUAUUAUUAUUAUUAUGCAAAGUACUUCGAUAUUAUCGUUAUCACAAAGAGAAAUUAAUGAAUUUAUAAGUUCAUUCAUGGUGUCACAGAUGUCAAUCUAUUUUAAGUUUAACGUUUAACUAUGGAAAUUUUAUUUUGAAAUUUUCCAUUAUAUUUUCUUUUUUUUUUCGGCUGCUAUUUUUUAAUCUUUUCAUUAAUAUAAUUUUUUCUCUGUUAUAAUUAUUGCAAGAGUUGGACAAAUUUAGGAUUACCUUUUCUCAUAGUUUCAUUGCAUAAAAAUAACGAAUUUACUCAUUGAUAUAAAAAAAGGAUUACAACAACAAAAAAGAAACAAAAUAAUUUAAAAGUAGAUGCGAUGGAACAGUUUAUAAUAGCCUCUUUUUGUAAUAUUUGAUAUCGAAAAUUUUCCGAUGAUUUUACGAGAACAACACAAGAUGUUCUCUAAUAUUUACAGAAUAAAAAAAAAAGCUCAUAACUGCCAUAUUUUUAAAACUCGUCGUAUUAUUUGAAUUGUUGUCUAUCUAAUUUAUAUAACACUAUAAAGGCACUGUGACACGAAGUUCUAAACUUUUGAUAGUGUUUUUCUGACUGCCAACUGUCAAAACACAUUAUAAGAAAUAAUAUUAUAAUAAGGUCUUUAGAAUCUUUUGAUGCAAAAUUAAUUAAAAUUAUAAUAAUGUUGAAAUAAUGACAAUGAAUAAAGAAAGAAAGAAAGAAAGAAAGAAAAGAAAAAAACAAAAAAAGAAAAUUAAAAAAAAAAAAAAAAAAAAAAAUUGCUCUCAGCUGAGGACUAUUGCUAUCUUAUAUCAUCUUACAUUAGAUAUGAGAAAGA